AUGUCGGGAUACCCGGGCUACAACUCUGGCCGCUACGGCCCGCCGCAGCCUCAAUACCAGGGCAAUUAUUACCCACAACAACCCUCCUACGGCGGCUAUCCGCAAGGCCAGCCUUCUCCCCAGCCGCCCUACGGCUACCACCAACAACCGCCUCCCCAGCAACAAUACUACCAGCAACCCCCUCCUCAGCAGCCGCAGUAUGGCCAGUACCAGCAGCACCCACCUCAGCCCAACUACCAAACACGACCUGGCGGCAGCGGCGGCCCUCCUCCUCCUCCCUCAGCGCCUCAGCAGUUCGGCCACGGCGCCCCCAACAGCUAUGCCUUCAGAUACUCCAACUGCACCGGCAGGAGAAAAGCCCUGUUGAUCGGAAUCAACUACUUUGGCCAGCGCGGCCAGCUGCGUGGCUGUAUCAAUGACGUCCGCAACAUGACUGCUUACCUUUCCGAGCACUUUGGCUACAAGCGGGAGGACAUGGUGAUCCUUACAGAUGAUCAGCAGAACCCCAUGAGCCAGCCAACCAAACAAAACAUCUUGCGCGCCAUGCACUGGCUAGUCAAGGACGCCCGACCCAACGAUUCGUUGUUCUUCCACUACUCAGGUCAUGGUGGACAGACAAAGGAUCUCGACGGCGACGAAGACGAUGGUUACGAUGAGGUCAUUUACCCCGUCGACUUCCGACAGACGGGCCACAUUACCGACGACGAGAUGCACCGCAUCAUGGUUCGUCCCCUUCAGUCCGGUGUUCGCUUGACAGCCAUCUUCGACUCGUGCCAUUCCGGUACCGCCCUCGACCUUCCCUACAUCUACUCGACACAGGGCAUCCUCAAGGAGCCCAACCUGGCCAAGGAAGCCGGCCAGGGUCUCCUCGGCGUUAUCUCCUCGUACAGCCAAGGCGACUUGGGCGGCGUCGCCAGCAACAUCUUUGGCUUCAUCAAGAAGGCCGCCAACGGCGACGAUGCCCGAGACCGCGCCCUCCGGACAAAGACGUCUCCCGCCGACGUUGUCAUGUGGUCUGGCAGCAAGGACGAUCAGACUUCUGCCGAUGCUACCAUCGCUUCUCAGGCCACUGGCGCCAUGUCCUGGGCCUUUGUUACGGCGCUUAAGAAGAACCCUCAGCAGAGCUACGUCCAGCUCCUCAACAGCAUUCGCGACGAGCUCUCAACACGCUACACCCAGAAGCCUCAGCUGUCUUGCAGUCAUCCUCUCGACACGAACCUGCUGUUCGUCAUGUAA